GCUAGGUGUAGGAUUUCAUUUUCAUUGCGGCAGAAGCAGAAGAGGCCAAUACUUGACUCGGGAGUCAUUUACAUGAAAAAAAAAAAUCGAGUAUUUAAUUCUGGUUUUAACGCGCAUGUUAGCAGUUAUCGUGUUGUAACACCGGAGUUGGGUAAGCAGGUGGCUGAUGUUACGUAGCUCUCCACUAAGCUAGCAAAGAAACCCAACUAGCGCCUGUGAGGGAGCGUGAUUGUUCCUGGCUGGCCGGGUUUCAAUGGUCUCCUCCUCCUUUAGACUACUUAUUUGGCGUCAUCUUGCCAACAGUCGAAUGGGAGACAUGGCCUCCAAGAUGCAACUACCAAGCCCGGACGCAGCACUGCCCGGCCGGGCCGAGGGUAUUAAAGUAGCCGCCAAACACCACGUGAACGGCAACAAAACUGUGCAACCGUUCCCGGAAGAUGUGCAGACAGCCAUGUUUGGGAUGGGCUGCUUCUGGGGCGCAGAAAGGAAAUUUUGGACUCAGAAGGGUGUUUAUUCCACUCAAGUUGGCUAUGCCGGAGGGUAUACACCCAACCCUACCUACGAGGAAGUUUGCACAGGCAAGACGGGCCACAACGAGGUAGUCCGGGUGGUCUUCUACCCAAAUCAGAUUUCCUUCGCCAAUCUGCUCAAGGUGUUCUGGGAAAGCCACAACCCAACACAAGGUAUGCGUCAAGGCAACGACAGUGGUACGCAGUACCGCUCGGGUAUCUACACCAACACCCAGCAGCAGCUCGAUGAGGCGCUCGCUUCCCGUGAUGAAUACCAGAAGGUUCUGACUAAAGAGGGUUUCAGAAGCAUCACCACUGAGAUCGCGGGUGACAAAACCUUCUACUACGCCGAGGACUACCACCAGCAGUACCUCAGCAAGAACCCCAACGGCUACUGCGGGUUGGGCGGGACCGGAGUCUCCUGUCCAAUAGGAAUCAAGGCGAAGGCUUAGACAACCAAUUGCAGCAAAGCUAAAAUUACCGAUUAACCGAUUUU